GGCGGCGGCGGGCGCGGCGGCGCGGGCCGGGGCGAUGCGGCGCUACCUGCGCGUCGUGGCGCUGUGCCUGGCCUGCGGCUUCUGCUCGCUGCUCUACGCCUUCAGCCAGCUCGCCGUGUCCCUGGAGGAAGGAGCGGGCGGCGGGCGCGGGAAGCCGCAGGCCGGAGCGGCUUCCUGGCUCGCGGGCGGCGGGCGCGUCGCCGCGAGAGGGGCGGGCAGCGGGGGCCUCGCGGCGCAUCCCGGCCGCUCGGACAGGUGUAAAGAUUUCCCUCUGUGUUACUGGAAUCCCUAUUGGAUGCUGCCCUCUGAUGUUUGUGGAAUGAACUGCUUUUGGGAAGCGGCUCUUAGGUAUAGUCUGAAAAUACAGCCCGUUGAGAGAAUGCACCUAGCCGUAGUUGCCUGUGGCGAAAGACUGGAAGAAACUAUAACCAUGUUGAAGUCAGCUAUAAUUUUCAGCAUCAAACCUCUUCAGUUCCAUAUUUUUGCUGAAGAUCAACUACAUGAUAGUUUUAAAGGCAUACUUGACAGCUGGUCAUUUCUACAAACAUUUAAUUAUUCAUUAUACCCGAUAACUUUCCCAAGUGAGAAUGCAGCGGAGUGGAAAAAACUCUUUAAACCGUGUGCGUCCCAGAGAUUGUUCUUGCCAUUAAUCCUGAAAGAAGUUGACUCACUAUUGUAUGUCGACACUGAUAUCCUUUUUUUACGGCCCGUUGAUGAUAUUUGGUGUUUACUAAAGAAAUUUAAUUCCACACAAAUUGCUGCAAUGGCACCAGAACACGAAGAGCCUCGAAUAGGAUGGUAUAAUCGCUUUGCCAGACAUCCAUACUACGGAAAAACUGGAGUAAACUCUGGAGUCAUGUUGAUGAACAUGACUAGAAUGAGAAGGAAGUAUUUCAAGAAUGAUAUGACAACUGUACGACUACGGUGGGGAGAUAUACUUAUGCCCUUGCUUAAAAAAUACAAACUAAACAUCACAUGGGGUGAUCAAGAUCUGUUGAACAUCAUAUUUUUUCAUAAUCCAGAAAGCCUUUUUGUCUUUCCGUGUCAUUGGAAUUAUCGACCAGAUCAUUGUAUUUAUGGAAGCAAUUGCCAAGAAGCAGAAGAGGAAGGAAUCUUUAUUCUUCACGGGAACAGAGGUGUUUACCAUGAUGAUAAGCAACCAGCAUUUAGAGCUAUUUAUGAAGCACUGAGAAAUUGUUCUUUUGAAGAUGACGACAUCCGUUCCUUAUUAAAACCUUUAGAACUGGAGCUACAAAAGACAGUGCAUACUUACUGUGGAAAAAUUUAUAAAAUAUUUGUCAAACAGCUAGCAAAAAGCAUACGAGAUCGUUUUGAUAGACCACCAAAGGAAAGGUGAUUCUUGGUGACCACUGAAUCAAAUGAAUUAAAACAGCAAAGGAUUGGAGGAUAUGUGUGAAGGAAUAGUCUUGGAUGAAGUGUUCAGGAAGAAAUUAUUCAUCUUCAGAAUAAUGUUUUUUCCCUGAAGAAGUUAAAUGAGCAAUAUAUUCAUGUAAUGAAGAAUAACUUAAAGUCUUGGACCCCAGCAAGAAGACAUUUUUGAUCUCUGAUGUUUUGUAAUGUUAUUUGCUAUCAUUCCAGUAUUGAUGAAAAUAUUAUUGAAUGGUUGUAGUCUACAGACUUCGGUUGACUCUUAUUCUCAAGUGAGUAAGAACACUGGGAGGGGUGUAUGGAUGGAGAAAAUGUACCUCAUACACAGUAGAAACACUCAAACUGUGAGUAUAGCAAUAAUUUUAUGUCAGCACUAACCUCACUUUAAAUGUGUGAGAAAAAAGUUGUUUACAGGAGCAGAAAAAGUUCUGUUUCUAAAGAAAUGUGAUGUAACCGAUGUGUAAUUGACAAUCUAUGUGUGCCUUUAUACAUUUCAUCUCUGUUUUAAAAUAUUUUUGUGACAAUCAUGUUUAAAACUAUUUCUAGGUUAUAAGUAAGCUGCACAUUUAAAAUUGAGCUGUACAAGAAGGAAGGAAAAUGGUGAAAAUUUUGGAGUUUUGGUUUCUAUGUGUGUGUUUGUGAAAUGUAGUAUUUUCAUUUGUGUAUGCUAAACUGUCUUGCCAAAACUCAGAUCUGAGAUUGUUAAACAGAUAUUUUGGGAAAUUUUUUAUCACUUUAAAUGAAAAUUUUCAGCUUUACUGGGCAUUCUGGAAUCUGGUGAGAUCCUAAAUAGUAUACUUAUAUGAUGGUGGAAAAUGUGAUAGAUCAAAAUGCAUAAGCUAUAUACUUCCUGUGAACAGUAAUUUUAGUUACAAUGGAGCAGAAAAAAAUAGUCCAUUUAAAUGUCUUUUCUUCUACCUCAAAACGGCUUUGCAAAAUAUUUUUGAAGAAGCAAAUGUGUAGAGCCUUCUUCCAUGUUAGACAACAUUCAUGGAUGAUUUUAGUUAAGAAGGUUGUUACAUCUGACUAUAGGAAAAGUAGUUUUGAUUGGUUAAUGUGCAUAUCUUCCCUUUUUGAACAUCACUUAAGACAGUUAUUUUUUUUUAAUCUUGAAGAUAAGAAAAAAUAUUACUUCUCUUAGUGUUCUUGACCCCUGUCUAAAGUAGGUGUAAAUUCUGAGUACUUAGCAUGUACUGUGCUGGGCACAUAUCUCAUUUUACCAAGUACUAUAUGGUUGUCUUCUUUUUCUCUUUUAGAUAUUUUAAUGCUUAAGUAGAGAAGGGAAAAUCAUGAAGGAAAAAUAUCACUUAUGCGAAAAUAGUGGUGAUUGGCUUAUGAAGACACAGUGCCCUCUGUGGUGACAUGGAAUAUACAGAAAGAGGUUGUCAGUACAGUUGUCCCCUGUCUUUUGUAGUUCAAUCAGGGACAAAUUGAAGGAGGAAGGUGUACGAGAGGCAAAUUAGAAGUUGAUAACCAGCCCAGUACUCUUAGAACAGCUGCACAGAGAGCACAAGCUAUACAUCCUUGGCAGAAUGCCAUGGUGAAUGUAAGAACUUGUGACCUGUGUUGAAAUUGAGUUUGCUGAGUAGGAAAUGAGAAUCGUAGAAUUUGAAGUUUGGAGGGUGUAUACAAGAUCAUUUCUAAUGGUCCCCAAAUGAGACCAUUGUCCGUAUGGCUGUAUUAGACUCUCGUGGGGAGCUUGUUGAGAAUGGAUUCCUGGGUUUCACCUUUGGGGACUCUGGUACACUGUGUCUAGGAUGGGGUCUGCAAACAUUUUUUUAAUGAAGAAAUUUUAAAAUUACACAAAUGUAGAGAGAAUAGUACAAUGGUGCUCAUCAUCCAGAUCAAACACUUAUCAAUAUCUUACCAUAUUUGCAUCUUCUCUACCUUUUUUCUUCGCUGAAGUAUCUUAAAGAAAAUCCCAGACGUCAUGUUAUUUCACUGCUGUAAACACUUAGGUAACUACAGUGACAUCAUACCUCCUCCAUAUUAAAUGAAUAUCCAGUCCUUAAUCAAGUUUCCCUGAUUGUCUCCAAUGUUAGAAUCAGGGUGCAAAAAUAAGCCACGUUAGGUUUCUGCUUUUUUGUUGACAGGCCAGCGAUCACGUGUCCAGACAGGCAGCAGGGGACAUGUGGGCGGGUGAGCAUGAGUCAGGCAGGUAGGCAGGCAGCAAGCAGGGAGGAUGCAGUUGGGGGCUGCCCCGGGAAGGGUGUGGCAUCCCUCCAGCCACUGCCUGCUGGGGCCUCAAUCUGUGCCUUAGAACUCAGCUUAGGACUCGGUGUCUACCACGCGAAAGGCUGGCCUACCUGAGUCGGGCAUUGAUGAAGACUGAGGGCUGGCCUCCUUUUGUACUUGGAUCUCCUUCAGUGCAAAAGUGGAAGUAGCGUCAGGAAGUUUGUGGAUCCACUCCUCCACCUGAGGGAGAAUGUGUGUUUCGUGGCGUCCUCUGCCGAGAUCCGAUUACCACCUUCAGACUGCAGCGACUUGGUGAGGAGGUCAGCCCCAUGGCUGCCAAGUCGGGGUGCAUGGCUCAAAAAGUCCUCGGCUCUGUACUUGGGGUACUUGUGUGUCUUGAACUCUUCGUUGGACAGGAUGCCCGGCCACGUCUCCUCAGUUGGGGUUCCCAAGAUGGCAGAUGAAGUGCAGCUGUUCCUCCACUGUGGAGCCAGGGAAGAGGGGCCGGCCCAUGACCAUCUCAUAGAAGAUGCAGCCCACGCCCCACGUGUCAGUCUGGGUGGAGUAGUCCGUGGACCCAAGCAGGAUGUCAGGGGGCCAGUAUCACCGUGUCAGCACCCCGGUGGAGUAGGCCAGGGGUGAGCUCUCCUCUCUCGUUGAGGAGCAGGUUCCAGGGCUUGAGGUCUCUGUGUAGAACCUUGUGCCUGUGGCAGCAGGCCGGGCCACAGAGCAGCUGGAACAGGAACAGUUUCACGCUGUGCAUGUUGAUGACGUUCCCACAGUCGUCCAAGUACUGCUUCAGAUCCUUGUCCACGUACUCAAAGACAAGGGGGAGGGACUUCUCCAUGUGGAUGACGUCGCGUAGAGUGACGAUGUUGGCGUGUUUGAGGUCCUUGAGCAGGGACACUUCCUGGAUGGCGGUGCAGGGUGCCCCCCGUCUGUGUUCCAGUCUCAUCUCCUGGAGUGCCGCAAGGUUGUCUGUGAGCUUGCUUUUGCCUUUGUAGGCGCUGGCCCAGCGACCCUUGCUCAGCUGGUCCAGCUUGACGUAGGUCUCCAGUUUCCCAAAGCCAAUCUCGGACUGGCUGACGUGGCGGAGUCGGUGGCCGAGGGGCUUGUCGCAGAUGGGGCUAUUGAGGGUCAGCUUCUCAAGGUCGCCCUCGGGCAGCCAGAUGAUGUCGGCUGGUAGUGACAGGUGCUUGUUGAUGUCCGCCGUGGAAAUCUCGGGUGGAGGAUGGUUGUGCAUGCACCCCCUCACUGGCAACUGCAUCUCCGAGGACGUGGCUGGAGCCUGGUCACUUUGCCUGUCAGACCCCAUCUUCAAGUCCUCAUGUCCAGUCUCUGGUCCAGAGCAAGCUUCCCCAGGGGUGACACAUGGGUGGGCCUCUCCAACGUCACUGCCACCGCCACCACCACUCUCAUCCAGGCCUUUCUGUUCAGGGGUACCAUUGGUCUUGUCUACACCUCGGCCCCCUCGGAGUAUCAUUGACAGCUGCCCUUUGACCUUCUUCAUCUGAUCCAUGGCGACUGGCGGCGGGGGUGGGGGGACGCCCGAGCAACCUCAGCGCUGCAGGGCCGGCACGGCGGCACCUUGAUUCUAUUUUUAAUAAGCACCUUAGAUGAGUUUGAUGUCAGCUAAUUUGGGAACCACUGGAAAUCAUUUUGCCAACUUGAAGGUUGAAGUUAGGAUUCCAUAGUUUUGGCACAGUUGGUGGAUUAUAAAUGUGAUUCUGAAAUAUUAGAGGAAGUGCUUGGGGUUAUUGACAAGAUAUGAAUUUGUUAUUAGUAAGUUCCUUAGAUUUAAUUUCCUCAGUGAACAGAGACUCUCAGCCCUGUGGGCUCUACUCUGAUUGAUUGGGACUAUGUGGAGUGUGGUCAUAGUUUAAUCUAGCUGGACUGUAUACUGUGGUCUCACGUGUUGUGGCUUAUUUACACUGUCACACACUCUACUUUGUGGAUCGUUGGAAGGUUCUUCAUCUGGUUUAUGCAGACCUGACCUAAUUGGGCAUUUUACCAUAAAUUGGGUUAUGGUGAAAACUCUCCACUUAGGGACUAUUUUUAUCUAAAAUUUAGGAUAUCACAGAAAGUCCAUAACAAUAUUAAAAUGAGUAUUCUCAAUUUAUCUUUAGAUAAGGUAGCUUUUCCCUUGAGAAUACUCAAGAAAUGCAGUUCUCAGCAUUAAUGAGGUUAAAUUAUAGAACAACUUAGAGAACGUAUUGUAUUUCUUUUUAUAAAACAGUAUAUCUAUGCAGUUUAUAUAAAUUACAUUAUAUAUUCUUUGAGUCUAUGUGUUAGAACAAUUCUGACCUCAGAACUAUCUCUGGGUUACAGUAUUACCAAAGUGGAAUGACUUUAAAAUGUAGUCAAACUUUAUUUGUGUGAAGUAGCCGUCUUAAAGGAACUUGGAAAACCUUUAGAAAAUAUGUAUUGUGAUUUAUAUUUUAAGAAGAUACAUACUAUUUUUUUCCCCUAUGAAGAAAAAAUAGUUCAUAAUGUAUAAAGUAACCCAGUUAUCUUUGGACAUUUUUGAGCCUGAAACAAUAUUACUGCUUACUCAUUGCUCUUUGCCUCCAGUCAGAUGUUAUUGGUAUAAUGGAAGGAAAACCAGACUGUGAACUAGAUCUGGAUUCUCUUGGUUAGGGACGCCAGGCAUAUCAUUUAACCUUCUCUGUGCCUUAGGUUUGUAAACAAUCAGUAUGCCCUUUCAACCUCGUGAGACUCAGAAGUCAUGAGUCAUGAAGUUGUGAGACCCGGAAGAGAGAAUGGAUUUGAAAGCAUUCUGCGUGGCUUAUCUCAGCCCACACCAGCCUUACUGUUGAAGGUCUGUUUUGCCCUGUUGUCUCCUAUGCGGCUCAUUCUGCUUCCUUAGCCUGAAUGUCUUCUGACAUAUAUCAUAGCUCCAGUAUGAAUUUGCUUAUAUUAUGUAAGGAAGAGUUUUUAAGGAAGAGAAAGCAGAGAGGAGAAGAAUGAUGUAGACGAAUGAUCGAAAAAAGAAGGAAAAGAGAGGAAGUGAGGAAAGUGAGGAAAGAGGAGGGAGUGAGAGUGAGAAUGGCAAAAGGCAGAAGAGUAAGAGAAAAGAUGGAACGAGAGUGGGAAAAUUGAGACACGGAGAUGGAGAGAAAUGAUGCGGAAACAGUCGCCCCCGCCCUGUGCCGCUGUCUGCCUGCCCUCCUCUGUGUCGGUUCAGGAGGCCCUCCAAGGGCAAGGAGGGUGGUGGCCUUCACGGAGGGGGCAGCAGGGCUACCUUUGUUCGAUUGUUGACACUAGAGUCGUUUCCGGGUCACUCUGCCCACUGCGCAUUUAGUGCUAAUGAUUCAACAUUAUAUUUUUCACUGGAUCCCAGUUUGUGAGCUAAGACCUGUGAAAACACCAUGACAAAUAUCCUCCUUUUUAAUGUUGUCUGUUCAGUCAUCCCACAUGUUGGCUUAUGUGAAGCUAACCACAUAGAGUCACAGGGGAGGUUAGGGUUGGGGGCUUCCUGCGGUCUGAGGGGGCCCGGGAAUCUACUGCAACAAUUUCCCAGAUGAGCCGGUAGGAGGCCAGGUUUGGGAAUCACUGCCCGGCCCGAGUGGCAGCUUACACAGUACAUCACAUCUCUUGAUUCCUCAGCAUACUUUCAGCUGAACCCUUAUGAAUGGAUUCAAGAGAACGGGAGACAGCAGAAAUGCAUUAAAGGGAAAAACCUUAAGAGAGAGUAUUCGGUGUCUUCUUUUUCAGAAGUUUAUGUUGUAAGAAAUACCUUAGUAGGAAUCAGAAUCUCUUUGAGGUAUUUUAAGAAAGAACACUGAUCUGUUGUUUUUCUUUUAAAUAAUUUUUGGUUCCUUAGACUAAAUAGAGAAGGAAAGUAGGGGGUGCAAUAUGUCAGGUGUGGGGCCAGUUAUCCAUUUAUUAAAUGUAAUUUCAAGUGUCUUAAAACAACAGUUGCCUUAUUGCAUUUUAAUAUUUAAUAAAAGUAGAUUAAAUAAUGAUUUGUACUGUAAUAGUUAUCCUUUUAUACAUUGCCAAAGCAACCCUUUUUUGCCUAUUAAAGUCUGGUAAAGUGUUCUGACGUUUGUUGUUUCUUAAUUCAUUGAACAUGAAACUAGAUUUUUAAAACUAAGUUAUAUAAACUUAAGUCUAAAAGGUGGUACAAGAUUGUUUUUUUAAAACUAAAAAUGAAUAUGAUGUUAAUUCAAAUAACUAGUAAUUACAGAAUCAUGAGAAGAACAUGGAAUAGCAUAUUGGACCAGGUGAUUUAAAAUUGAAUACAAAUCAAUGUCAAGCUUACUUUUAAAUGGAAAAUAUGUAUUGUCACCUUAUCUCUACCAAUAAUUCUAAAUGUCUAAUGAGCUUAUUCUGCAAUUUUCUCUAAACUCAGUUUUCAAACAAAAGAGAGCCUUUGAAAAGAUAUGAAGAAAGAGAAAUGAAAAUUUCUCUCACUACUAAUACUGUGAGCGCUAUUUGGAGGGUCGGUGGUCAGAUAUUUUAAUAUCAAACUUUAGACCUGAUGUGGAACCUUUGAUUAUGUUUAGUUUUAUGUACAUUCUGAAUUUAUGAGCCUAGUCACACACAUAACACCAUAGCAACUCCUUGUAAAAGUUGAAGAGAACACAACAGUGUAUAUUCCAUUUAAAAAGUAAAUUGACUUUGACUAGGAUGGAAAAUAGCUGUUUUCAACCUUUGUUUAAAAUCUCUUCAGGGAAUAUUGGAAUGUUGCACAAAAAUAAUUCAGGGCUUGUAGUGUAGUUGUAGAAUAUGUCAUCCAUUCAAAACUUAGCAGAACAUACCUGCAUCUCAUGCAUUGUCAUCAAAAUUUGAGAGCUGGACCAGUGGUAUUUGAUGAAUGCAGUAACAGAAGACCUAUGGAGAAGAUGGUGGUUUGCACCAUCCUAAAAUCAGAAACUAGAAAAGGUUGCAGGUGUUUCAGUUUUUCACCAGUGUUUUGCAUAGGUAUAGUAAUAUUUUGAGCAGUGAUGGUUCUAAAGCUGCAGGAAGACAUCUUGGUCUACUGUGAUAUGUAGAGAUUACUACCCUUAAACUGCUCUUUCUCUUAAAAUGGGAUAUGCUUUUAGGAUAAUUUGGAUAUCUUCCUCCAAAUAUUUUGUGUAUCUUGACGUUUAUUAAAGGAGAAUAUAACAUUAUAGAUUCAGAUGUAACCUGAGAAUAAUGGAAAGUUGCAUUGUUCUGUUUUGGGGAGUUCACCUCAUCUUUUUCUUGAGAAACUGUGUGUUGCUGUUACUAAAUAAACAUCUACUCAAUAAAUGUUUCAUUUCUUCAAA